GUUGGGCGUUGGGUGUUGGGCUUGGGUGUUGGGCGUUCAACUUUGAGCUCCCCUAGUCAGCUACAGUACGUGCUCAGAUCUUUUCCUUGACCCUCGUCUCAAAUGCUCACCCGUCGUCUGCGCUCUAUACUACCCGCACUCGUUCCCGUCGCUGGCAGACGACAUUGGACGUCACUGCCGUCGACCCAUCACCUAUCCUCUGUCCCAUCCUCUCAACUCUCAACUCCUCUGCAUAACACGAGAAUCUCUCCAGAACUCCAGGAAUGGCAUGGCAAACUGAGGAACCGGACCGUAUCACCUUUCGCUGUGCGUGGAGGAUGCUUGUACAUCAACACUUGCAGAGUGCAUCAUGAACUUGGGCGUGUGACUGGCGACAGCACCAGCAAGGACAGUCACUGCAAGCACAUGCUCGGCCCGUGGUACCAACAGUCAGUACCAUACUUGAACAUUGUAUUCUCCCACUCCUACAGAACGAUUCUCGCCUCCGAGCGGCACCCAAGGUCAUUAACCAGAGUGUUCGAGACUCGUGUCACGCGCCAUCGGCAAGGUUGCUGCCCUCUGAAGAGUUCUGACCACCCAAAAGUGCUGUGCGCUUGGCUUAGAGGACUGCUUCAUUUGCUACACGAGCAUGCAUGGCGCUCGCAGAAACGCUGGUCUGAUGCAAAACUCUUUCCAACUCAGUGCACCAGGCGUGCCUCACAGUGUAUGCGUCGUUUCCUUGCUGUUAUUGAUGAAUGUGGCUGAUGCCUUGUCUCAUCAACCUUCGAAUCGCGUCUUUCGCGGGGUUACAUCCGCCGUUUUCGUCCACCGCGAUUACCUUCCCUUCCUAUUGGCUUCCACACGUACACUCCACACCCACGUAGUCCAUCAUCCCGCUCUCUAUCUUCAUUCCCUCUCUUCACCGCAUUCGACCAUCUCCAGAUAUCGCCGAAGAUCAGCCCCCAUC